GUGAAAAGGCUUUUCAAAUGUGUUUGUUAUUCUGACAUCUAGUGACUUAUGCUAUCAGACUUAAGAAAGGUCAUGCGUUCGUAUGUUGCUGAGUUAAAACAGCCAGUUGUAAAAGAAAGUCGUUUAUAUCCUUCGCUAGGAUUCUUUAAAAGAAAGCAUAGUAAGUCAGAUAUUUUCAUAUUACAACAACUUCGGACGAAACUUUUACAAAGUUGGAUAGCUAUUCAAAUUUAAGAAUUACCGCAUAUUUUGUACUAAAAUGUAAUGGCUACUGGUAGUGACAAAACUGUCGGCGUGAGUCUGUUCUGUCCUGCUUGUAGCAAAGCUGUCAAAGAUCCACGAAUCUUACCCUGUCUUCAUUCAAUAUGCAAAGCCUGCAUCGAAARACAUUUGAACGGGCAUUACCAGUGUCCCGUAUGUAAGGAGAUAYCCAAUGAGAUUCGUUCAUUGUCGGACAUCGAUAAGCUACCAAUAGACAGUCUUCUUUUGAGCAUUAUGGACAUGGUCACUUUACAUGGCGGGAAAAUGGUACACUGUGACGUCUGCGAYGAAAGUGAACGCUCAAAUGCGGUUUGUCGCUGCAAGGAAUGCGCACAGUAUUUCUGCUCUUUGCAUUCCAGUGCGCAUAAAAYGGCGAGAAAUUUUAAGGGGCAUACGAUGUUGGAUUUGGAUCAAUUGAGAAAGUACCCUCUAAAGGAUCUUAGGCGGCCUCUAUUUUGUCGUGAGCAUGGAGGCGAAAUACUGAGGUUUUUCUGUGAAACGUGCGAUAAAACAGUUUGUAAACAUUGUUGCUCUUUAGAAAACCAAAAUAAUCAUAUUCACAUCUCGUUGGACGAAGCCAUUCAAAAAUACAACACAGAGAUAAAAURUAUCCUACAAAAUGCGAAGGAAUUCCUCAAAGCAAUGGAAAAAAYGGUACCCCAGCUUGAUUUAGUGGCAUCCAAUGUGAACUCUAAAGCRAAAAAUAUUUUGUGUGAUAUCGAUGUUAUUAUUGAUUACCAAAUUACUACUUUAUUGAAAAGGAAGAAAGAGUUACGUUCACAGGUGCAAGAAAUUCGUAAAUCAAAACUACAGGGUCUGAAAGAACAGCAGGAAAAAUUAAAAUCCUCUUUGACAAAGCUACAACAAGCGUGUAAAUUCACCGAAAUCACCAUGACRACGAGUGGUAACCAUAACGACGCCACAGCGCUUGUCUUGAAGAACCUUUUAACUUCAAGACUAAAGGAAUUUAUGGAUAAAAAGUCUGAAUAUUUAGAGCCAGUGGAAGAUAGCUUUUUAGAAUUACACUGCGAUGAUUCACUCCUGCACCGAGCAAUCGAAACGUUUGGCAGACUUGACACGACUUACGCGUGCCCGAAAGAAUGCAUAGCACGUGGAGUUGGAGUSAAGGCUGCCUUAGCAACCGAACCAAAUAAAUUCACGGUUUUUCUCAUGGAUCAACGUGGGAAACAACUCGAGAGACCUGAUGGGGAUGUAAUUGUCGACAUUAUGACUCAAGAUGGUAGAAGAGUGAAUGUAGAUUCUAUUGUUGCUAAGCAUGGCGGGACAUAUGAGGUGACUUAUAAUCCAAUGCAGAGGGGAAGCCUUACGAUUACCGUAAAAGUCRAAGGCGAGCAAAUUAAAGGAAGCCCGUUUCUAGUUCCAGCAAGYGGCGACUUGAAAAAAUCGUGGAUCUAAAUUUUGAACAAAGCCUGAAGAAGACAGCCU